GACAGACACUGUAUAAUAUAUGACACUUGGCUUUAAUAACAAAUAUACAAUUAAGGUCCAUUGUUUUAAUAUAUUCUUCAUUACAAUGGAGAUUACUUGAGCGAGGUGGACUGUUACAAUCUUAUCAUUUUGGCGCGGUAUCGAUGUUGCACUGUAUAGAAGGGAACCAUUGCGUGAUGUGAAGAAAAACAACGACCCCCGCCACAAAGAAAAAAGUGUAUUGACAAGUUUGACAUGGAUACUGUAUUCAAAGGAUUUGUUUUUGUCUUAUAGCAGGUCGUUCUGACUUGCAACUUAACUGAAAUAUUAUUUAUAAGUUAAUAUGUGGGUUUGUGGAGGAUUUGUGGGUUGAUGGAACUAUAUUAAUAAUUUGGAUUUAAUUUCAUUCAUGUGGCUAAAAUGAACAAUAUAUAGAUAUGUUUUCAAGGAUUCUUUUAUUAUUAGUAUAUCAUCGAGUUACAGCAUCUUUGUUGACAAUAAGUCCAGAAUCUGAUGAAUGGAUUCGUUAUGGAAGAGAUUUGAGUGUGACUUGUACCUUUUCAUCAAAGCACCAGGAAAAAAUUCAACUGUUUCAUGAUGACAAUGUCAUACAAGUCAGCGAUCAGGUGACCACUACUUUAGAGACUUUCACGGAGGCUGACGAAAAGCAGACGACAGUCUUCAAGUACCUCAAGACUGACGUUAACUUUGACGACUCGGGAACCUACGAAUGUAGAGCAGAUAAUAAGAAAAAGAACGUCAAAAUUCAAGUUGUGAAAGGUCGAUUAAAGAUAUUUCCUAAAACCGAGCGAGUGAUCGCAUUUCAGGGAGAACGUGUGACAUUAACUUGUGAAUAUCAGGGAAGCCAUCGACUAGAUGUAAGGUGGUCUUCAAGUUCCGGGAGAGACCUAAAGCAGAGUGGUUUCGUCAUUGGCAGUAUUGUUAAAAGUGGUGAUCAUAUCCUAACCAAAGUAGAUAUCUCCAAGACUUCUGCCAGUUUUUCUGAUUCUGGCGAGUACUCUUGCACUGCUGGACCAUUUUCCAAAACUGUUACUUUAGAAGUAUAUCAAGGUGAAUGCAGCAACAAUUUGGUGACGGGUCCACAUGGCGUUGCUGACAGUCACUUGACCGCAUCCUCCUUCUACGAGGACUCCGUGUAUGUGGACGGUCCUGACCGGGCGAGAUUAAAUCUCGAGGACGAGAAAGUGCAGAGAGAGAACGGAAAUUUUGUUAUUUUGGGUGGAGGGUGGAUGGCAGACGAAAAAAGCAAAAGUCAAUGGAUACAAGUUGAAUUUAAAGCACAGAGUGUUGUUCGUUCAAUUUUGACUCAAGGUCGAUUCGAAGAAAGGUGUUGUAACCAAUCAGACUGGGUCACAGAGUUCAAAGUUCAUUUUAGCCAAGAUGGUAUCGUUUGGCUCAAAUACAAAGACCAAUCUGGAAAUGACUUGUAUUUUCGCGCUAACGAUGAUGCCAACACGAUUGUUGAGAACGACCUCCCCUCCCCCAUUAUAACAAAGUAUAUCAGAAUUUACCCCACCGCUUGGCACAACAAGAUCGCACUAAGACUGGAAAUCAAAGGCUGUCUUAUACCCCAAAAUUUACGAAUUAAGAAUCCAGUUCAGGGGGUAAUCAAUUUACCAGUCCCGAUGGCUUUGAAAAUUUCUUGCGAGUACACUGGUCCUAAAAAAGACAUUUUGUUUUGGUCCAAGAACUUCGUUCGUAUGGAAACUGUAAGCGGCUUCAGAAGAACGUCCGUGGAGCAGUUGUCUGGAGGAAGGGUCACCAUUACAGAUACAAUCAUAAAACAAAAGACCGAGUACUUGGAUUCGGGAAAUUACACGUGUUUUGUUCCAAACAGUACAUUUAGCGCAACUGUGACUGUCCAUGCAAUGAAACUUGACAAGAAUCCAAAAAUCGAGAGAUACUGGGUGUCAUCCCAGAAUGCUGUGCAACUCUCGUGUGAAUACCGUUCUAUCAACCAGCGAGAUUUCACAUGGGAAUAUUCUGGUGUGAACAUUAACAACCGCCAAUUCCAAAUCAGUAGAGAUAUUAAAAAGUCUGAGGGUGCUAUAUUCGUGACAUCAUCUAUACAUAAACCAUAUGCUGAGGCCACCGACAGCGGUAACUACACAUGCCGUAUUGGAGAGAUGUCUCGGUCCUGGGAAGUGAAUGUACUCUCGGUAAAUGGUAAUGGUUCCUGGCAAGCAAUCACACCAAACAAAACAAUGUAUCUGGAAUGUGAUGUAAAAGGUUUGCCAAAGGAUGCUCUUUAUCAAAUGUUCUGGACGAAGGAAGGGGUGCCACUAAAAGAAGUUGAUGCCAACGGAAGAAUGAACUAUUUUCCAAAUUCCAGAACUCUUCAGAUUAUUCGGACUCAGCCCUCGGACGCAGGGAAAUAUGAAUGUAACAUACUUUUGGAAGUGGGGACCCCUGCUCAGCAACAGGUUUCCAUCACAAAGGAAAUUUAUGCCCCACCUAGAACAAUGAUCGAUGGCAUGAAAACUAUAAACGUGGGAGAUUCCCUCCACAUGUAUUGUAAAACCUCUGGAUACCCACCGCCAUCCAUCGUUUGGAAGAAGAAUCAUAAGAGUCUAUCGGAGUUAUCUUCUCGGGUCACUUUUUUGCCGUACGGGGGCUUGGAAAACGGGCACCUUGUAGUUUUUGACGUCUCAGGCAGUGAAGCCGGGGAAUACACAUGUGAAGCUAAGUCCGACUACUUUAAAUCGGCAGAGUCACGCCUUCAAGUGGAAGUAAAGGAGGUAUCGUUGGCGACUAGUCCCCCUCUGUUGAUUGCUAUCAUCGUUGGGAGUGUUGUCGUCUGUCUUGCAAUUAUCUGUUGUGGAAUGUACGUCAAAUGCAAUCAAAGGGCAAAGAAAAAGAACUAUGCAUAUGAUACAGAUAGUCUUGAAAGACUUCGCCAGUCAAGACCACGCUUACCAAGAAACAACACAUUUGAGGAAGAUCAACCUAAACUUAUAAAAUUGAUUGAAGAAAAUCAUUUCUACUCCAAAAGACCGCCUAUGUCUUCACCACCACCGUCUGUGGCAUCUCAGAGAAGUGUGGGGACCUUCGAGUCGGUCUCGUAUGAACGGGAACCUUUUCGUCCCAAACUGGCCACUCCCGACCCAACACUGAGUGACGAAGAGGAGGGAUAUAAUACUGGGUCAACACGAGAAAAAGUACGAUUUUCCUUUGAGGACAUAAAAUGAUGUCAGUUGACAACUUUGACCAAUAGUGCAAUGUGGACAGAGCAACUGAACAACAUUCCAUUUUAUACACAUUAUAUGCAUACUUAUUGAAUAUCAUUUUAGUAUAAUAAUGUUAAUAACAUAGUACACACAUGUAGCUUUUGUGUCAUGUCCAUGUUUAUUUACAAUUACAUAAGAAGUGAAUGUGUCUCGUGUCAAAUGCAAAACAAAUUUAUUCACAUCUGUUCAAUGGCAUAAAAUACAAAUCCUUUGCAAUGACAUAUAAUGACAUAUCAAUCAAAAUAAAACUAUGAA